UAUACGCCAUAUGCGACAGUAAAUGUCCCCGCUGUGUGUAUAAGUGGGGAGAUAAACUUGUAAGCACCUCGGGCUGGUUAGGCCUCACCGUGCUCCUGAAUGGUGCCGCCGAUGUUAGCAAGCGGAGCUGUCUUAUGUUUUCUGUUCACCAUGUCGUCCCAUUUGCAGUGGAUGGUCAUCAGGAACUGCUCCAGCUUCCUCAUCAAGAGGAACGGACAGACCUAUAGCACCGAGCCCAACAACCUGAAGGCCAGGAACUCUUUCCGCUUCAAUGGGUUGGUGCACAAGAAGACCGUAGGUGUGCAGCCAGCGGCCGACGGCAAGGGCAUUGUCGUCGUGCUGAAGAAGCGUGCAGGCCAGAACAAACCUGCCAACUCUUACGUAAAGGUCACGAUCAACAAGAAUUCCCGUGCCACCCUCAACAGCCUGAGGCACAUCAUUCGCAAGAACAACUACAGGAAGGACCUGCGCAUGGCUGCCCUGCGUCGUGCCAGCGCUAUUCUGAGGAGCCAGAAGCCUGUUGUGGUCAAAAAGAAGCGCACCAGGGCUGCCAAGACCGCAUAAACUAUAAUAACACAUGAUAAAUAAAUAAAAGCUUUUUGUUUGGGAAAAAACAA